UCACUUCCUCCAGGGUCCCAAACAACUCUUCUCCUACAAACCUCUACAGGGACUACUUGUUAUACAGAAAUGGAGCAUCGAAUAGAGAGAGGAAAUGCAAGCAAGCAAGACUUAAUUAAUGAGAGUGUACCGGGCCUUGGCUUCUGUGGAUGGAUAAUUGUUACUCUGUCUACUUUUUUCACAGUGCUGUUCUUCCCAAUAACAAUUGGUAUUAGCCUCAAGAUUAUUAAAGAAUAUGAAAGAGCCGUUAUAUUCAGACUUGGCCGCAUUACAGCUAAAAAGCCAAAGGGACCAGGUAUCUUCUUCAUCAUUCCCUGCACUGACAGCUUUGUAAAGGUGGACAUGAGAACAGUAUCAUUCGACAUUCCUCCUCAAGAGAUUUUGACAAAGGACUCAGUGACAGUAAGUGUGGACGGAGUGGUGUAUUUCCGAGUGAGUGAUCCCAUCGCUUCUGUGGCAAAUGUCAACAAUGCUGAUUACGCUACUCGCCUGCUUGCUCAGACUACUCUGAGGAAUGUUCUGGGCACCAAGAACCUAUCAGAGGUUCUGUCAGACCGUGAGGGCAUCUCUCACAGUAUGCAGGCGACUUUGGAUGACGCCACAGACUCUUGGGGCAUUAAGGUGGAGCGUGUGGAGAUAAAAGACGUGAAGCUGCCUCAUCAGCUUCAGAGGGCCAUGGCAGCCGAGGCUGAGGCAACCCGCGAAGCUAGAGCUAAGGUGAUCGCAGCAGAGGGAGAAAUGAACGCUUCACGUGCUCUGAAAGAGGCUUCUCUGGUGAUCGCUGAAUCUCCAUCUGCUCUUCAGCUCCGUUACCUGCAGACCCUUAACACUAUUGCCGCUGAGAAGAACUCCACCAUCAUCUUCCCACUGCCCAUAGACAUGAUGGGUCACUUCAUGAAAAAAUGAAAAUUGAAAAAUUACUCCAGAAUCAAUCACAAAUAUGAACAUUUACUUUUCAGACCAAAAUGUAUUACUUUCACAUUCUAUUUUCCAGAAUUCACCUCUGACUACAAACAUGACAACCAUGGACUCCAACUCCUAGUUCACUUGUUCAAGUUCACCUCAAUACUCAUUGCACACACCUGGACUCAAUCUCCACUACACACUAUUUAAGCACACACUCUGCACUAAGACUUACAAACUAUUCCUUCAGCUCUAUUUCUGCUCUGACGUACCAAGCCUUUUAUAAACCCAUUGAUUGACAUUGGAACAUUUAUUAUUGUUCUCAGUGCUAUGUAUUUUUGCUGAUACUAUGCAGUGUUCUGUGAAAACUGAUUCAGAAAGAGACAUAAAAACACAAUAAACUGUUUAAUUAUUUUAACAUAUGCCACAUUUACAGUUUAUGUACGUAUAGUUCACUUCAAAAGAAUUAGAUUGCCAAGGCCCAGUUGUUUGUUUUUGCUAUACAAUAAAGACAUUUCAGAAAAUAAACAUUACAAAUUUGUGCAAAGAAAACACCACAGACAAGAAGGAAAAAUAUAAAGAAAUUUGUGACAUUUUGUAGCAAACAAAUAGAACACUGCUUUACUAUCUUUGUGUGUUACCCUUGGAUUGACACAAUGAUAUAGUAAUUAAUGAUUAUAAAACUGUUUAAAUGUGAGAUUUAUGCAAAUACUAAACAAGAAGAAACAAUCUUCAAUAAAAUGUUGUUUAAAAAGUCA